AUGGCUGGUUUCUGGGUUUUCCUUUUGAUCUUCUGCACCAUGUAUACAGUCCAACAGGCUUGUUCACAAUCGCUCAUGCCAGAGAUUUAUCAGCCUGAUAAAGUCCUCUGUGUGGAUAUCGGUGACUCAGCUAUUUUACAGUGCUGUAUUUUUGGAAAAGGUGUUGGGGUAGUUACCUGGUAUAAGCAGCCAAACAGAAAACAGCCUCAGAUUAUAGCUAAUGUGUUUAAAACUGCUGUAGAAAUAUUUUACAAUGAAUUCCAAAAUCCUCGGUUCCAGCUGGAAAGAUCUUCAAACUGCUCCAGUAUGACCAUUUCUAAAAUCAUGCUGUCUGAUGAAGCCGUGUACUACUGUGCAAUCGUAUCACCAUACACCGUGUUUGGAAAUGGGACUUAUUUAAAAAUUAAAGGUGAAAUUGUUACUUUUGCAUCAGAAACAUCCAAACCACGUCAGUGUGAUAAUUCAGUGGUGUGUGAACCAACACUGCAUGGAAACAGCACUAACAUGAACACACAAGAGAAAAUGGUGCUCGGUUUGGGAACGGCUUUGGGUUUGUGUGCAUUUCUGAUUUUCUGCCUCACUUAUUUCAUACUGAGGAGAAGAAAAUUGAAUGCUUCUAUAGAAGAUUCUCCAGGAAAUAGGCAGAAAUCUGAAGCUGAAACAUUCAAUUAUGCAGCUUUGCAAUUCUCUAAAAGGAAAUCCAAAGCUGAAAAAAGGAAACCUGUUUCAUCAGACGAAUGUGUGUACUCCUAUGUGAAAUAA